AGCUUUUGGGUGCUCCACCGGCGGCGCUGCGAGGCCAUGGACAAACAACGGCAGCUGUGCCAGCUCAGAAACCGCGGAGCCCAGUGGCCUCGCUGGCGACUCUGCUCGGCGCCCCGCGCGUGUCAGAGCUGCACACCGUCAUCAGCAUGGACGGCGUGGGGUCGAAGCAGGCAGCUCUGGAGGGGCGCCCGACGGGCGGGGUGGCGGCAGCGGCCGUCGCCUCUGAGCUGUCGCUGCUGAGCAGAGAUCGAUGUGGCCUGCGCAGCUUCGGUCGUCGCUGCUGAGCAGGCUGCGCUCAGGCAGAGGUUGGGCCAGCUGCAGACCACAGCAGCGGAGCAGACGGCGACUACACAGCCCAACAGACUCGAGCCCUGGGGGCUGAAGAGUCCACGACAUGCUACCAUCGCUACAUCAAGCGAGAUCGGAGUCUUGAAGCAGCAGGUGGCCGAACUGCAGCUCAAGCUCUUCGAGGAGGAGCGGCAGCGAGAGUCGACUGGCUCCGCUGCGACAGCGCUGGCAGAGAUGCGGCAGCUCAGGGCGCAGGUGUCCGAGACGCUGGCAAAGCUCUCUGAGGAAGCACGGCAUCGGGAGUCGACCGGCUCUGCGACGGCGGCAAGGGCCAGCGCCCUGGAGGAGGCGCUGGCAGCGCAGGUCAUCCGGCUGGAGGCCGAGAAGGCGUGGCUUCAGCAGCGUGUCCGCGCAGCGUCAGAGGCCAAAGCCGUGGAGGCAGCGCUGGUUGCGCAGAUCAGCAGGCUGGAGUCCGAGAAGGCUGAUCUGCAACAGAAGGCCAACGCCGCGGAACAAUUGGUGGCCUGGGUCAGGAGGCUAGAGUCGGAGAAGGAGCUCCUCCAGCAGCAGGCCGACACAUGCAUUCAGGCCGCGUUGGCGGAGGAGGCGCUGCGGGUGCAGCUUGUCGGGCUGGCAGCGCAGGUCAGCAGGCUGGAAUCCGAGAAGGCGGAGCUCCAGCAGCAGGCCAACGCAUGCACCGAGUCUAAGGUCGCCGAGGAAGCGCUGGCAGCACAGGUCAGCAGGCUGGAAUCCGAGAAGGCAGAGCUCCAGCGGCAGGCCAACGCAUGCACCGAGGCUAAGGUCGCGGACGAAGCGCUGGCAGCGCAGGUCAGCCGGCUGGAGGCCGAGAAGGCGUGGCUUCAGCAGCGCGUCAGCGCAGAGUCCGAGGCCAAAGCCGUUGAGGAAGCGCUGGUUGCGCAGGUCAGCAGGCUGGAGUCCGAGAAGGCUGAUCUGCAACAGAAGGCCAAUGCCGCUGAACAACUGCUGGCCUGGGUCAGGAGGCUAGAGUCGGAGAAGGAGCUCCUCCAACAUCAGGCCGACACAUGCACUCAGGCCGCGUUGGCGGAGGAAGCGCUGCGUGUGCAGCUUGUCGGGCUGGAGUCCGAGAAGGCGGAGCUGCAGCAGCAUGUCAGUGUUUUGGCCGAAGCUAGUGCCGCGGAGGAGGCGCUGGCAGCACAAGUCACCAGGCUGGGGAACGAGAAGGCGGAGCUCUUGCAGCAUGCCAGCGCCUGCGCUGAGGCAGAAGCAGCGGAGGAGGCGCUGGCCGCGCAGGUCAGCAGGCUAGAGGGCGAGAAGGCGGAUCUCCAACAGAAGGCCGACGCACACACCAGGGCCAAGGCGUCGGCGGCGGCGUUGCGCUCGCGGCUGGGCAGGCUGGCCAGCACCGCGGAGGAGGCACUGGUAGCGCAGGUCCGCAGGCUGGACUUCGAAAAAGCUGUACUCCAAAAGCAGGCCAAGGCUGCGGAGGAGGCGCUGGUUACGCAAGUCAAAAGGCUGGAAUCAGAAACGAUGGAGCUCCAACAGAAGGGCACUGCCAUGGAGGAGUUGCUGACAGCACAGGGCAGCAGGCUGGAAACUGGGAAGGCAGAGUUCCAACAGCAGGCCCACGCAUACGCUGAUGCAAGGGCGGCGGAGGAGGCGCUGGCAGCGCAGGUCAGCAGGCUAGAGGACGAGAAGGCGGAGCUUCAGCAGCAGGCCACGGCCAUGUCCGAGGCCAAAGCCGCGCAGGAAACGCUGGCAGCGCAGGUCAGAAGGCUGCAGUCCGAGAAGGCAGGGUUUCGACAGCGGGCGGCGGAGUGCCAACAGCACGCCGGCGCGUGCGCUGAGGCCGUUCCAGCCGAGGAGGCGCUGCGGGCGCAGCUCAGGAGGCUGGGGGACGAGAAGCCGGAGCUCCAACAGCAGCCCGCUGCCGUGGCCGAAGCCGAAGCUUUGGAGGAAGCCUUGGCAGCACAGGUCAGCAGGCUGGAGGAUGAAAGGAUCGAGCUCCCACAGCAGGCCGACGCCUGUGCUGAGGCUAUGGCGGUGGACGAGGUGCUGCUGGCGUGUUCCAGCGGGCUGGAGGCCGAGGCCGCGCGGGAGGCGCUGGCAGCGCAGGGUGCCGAGCACAGGGAAGCGGAGAAGGCGCUGGCAGCGCAGGUCCGCAAGGCAGACUCUGAGAAGGCGGACCUUGACCAGCAAGCCGCCGGGUGCGCCGAGGCCACGGCGGCCGAGGAGGCGCUGCGGGCGCAGCUCGACAGGCUGGAGUCCGAGAACACGAAGCUUCAUCAGCAGGCCAGAGCUGCGGAGGAGGCGUUGGCAGCGCACGUCAGCAGACUGGAAGCCGAAAAGGCGGAUCUCCAGCAGAAGGCCAAGGUCAGGGAGGAGGCGCUGGCAGCGCAGGUCAGCAGGCUGGAAUCCGAGAGGGAGGAGCUUCUCCAGCAGCAAGCCGCGGAUGCGGAGGAGGAGGAGGAGGAGGACGAGGAGGAGGCGAGCGAGGAGGACGAGGAGAUCCUAUUUUGAUUGCUGCCAGAGCGCAGGGAACACCCCGCACGAUCCGCGCGCCAGCCCGCUCGCUGCACGAGCCACGGGCCGAAAGAAGAGCUGCCGCAACUGUGGCAGAACGCUGCGCAAGCCGAAGCGCCCCUUCGAGAAGAAGCGCCCGGAUUCGGGCCCAGGAACGCAGUCACCGAUAUAUUACAAGAGAUCCAAGGCGACAUCGGAGGGCCUGCUGAAACGCGUCCUGGAAACGGACAUGUCGCGAUGGCUGCUGUCCGUUAAGAGCGUAGCAAGGGAUCCCAGGCUGCCUCGUAGUGGAGGCGUGCAGUGCGCCCUGGCCAAAAUCCGCACUGCGGCCCGUCACCUUCUCAUUGUCGACGAGAAGAGCGAGCAGCGCGUGCUCCAGGGCGAAGCGCUGCUCCGUCGCAUGAUCCGCACCGGCCUUGUGAUGGAGAGUGAGAAGAAGAUGGAUUGCGUACUCGGUCUCAGCAGGGCGAAGCUCAUGGAGCACCGCCUGCAGACUAAAGUCUUCAAGCUCGGACUCGCGAAGUCGAUCCACAACGCGCGAGUGCCGAUCCGCCAGCGCCACAGCGGCGUCGGCAAGCAGAUCCGCAACGUCCCGUGCUUCCUGGUGCGCCUCGACAGCGAGAAACACAUCGCCUUCGCCCUCACCUCCCCGCUCGGCGGCGGCAGGCCCGGGCGCGUGCGCCGCAAGAUGAUGCAGAAAAAGGAAAAAAAGGGCGGCGGCACAGACGGCGACGGCGAGCCAGGGCCCUGCCGGGGCUGCCCCGCCCGCCCGCCAGCGCCCGGGGAGCGCUUUUGUCUGCGACAGGCAGAAGCCCUCCGAUCGAGCGGGUCCUCCGGCAG